AUGAAUGAUUUAUUAAUACAUGACCCAUGUUCAAUGGUAAUAUACGAGGAGGAAGUCACGACGGCUCAUGAAAUCCCGGCAACAGGGAGGCAUUGGAGCGAUGAGAAAUCAGUUGGCUACGAGUUGACCGAUACAAAAUGCUACAAAACGCCUAGCGGAGUGCAAAAAACGGCGACGAUUCAACGGGAGCAAUUAUCGACGAGUAAAGAGCAAAUGACCGAGCAAAUUGUUGAAAUGGACGGAGAAUAUAGUAUUGAGGGCACUGAUAUGCUUUAUGUGCCUUGUCUCCCCUCGACCUCCACCUCUCCACCAUCAAACGACCCGACAGUAUCCUCAACAUCCCAACAUUUCUCCCAUCAACCUGAACCUCUUCGUCGAAUGGCUAUCAAAAUCGGCGAACGAGUUCUUCGAUUUAAAGUAAUCAAUGCGACAGACGCACCGGAAGCGCCGAUUGACCCGUCGGAUGGAUGGAUCUCGGAUCCGAAGCCGUUGACUGCGCCGAAAGCGUUGGCUGGACUGUAUCAUUGUGCGAAUUGUAAAACUUAUUUCGGAAAUAAGGAGGUCUAUCAGAGACAUGUCUUGGAAGUGCACGGAGACGCUCGACCAUUUCGAUGUUUCAAUUGUGGUAUGCGAUUCGCGAAUAAGACGUCAAUGACGCAUCAUCUGAAAGAUCAUUCUCUGCUAAAACCAAUGUAUUCUUGUGAUUAUUGUCCGAGGAUAUUUGCGAAAUUGGAGAGUAAAAUGAGACAUCACAAGUUGCAUUUCACCAGGAGCACUUGUCAGCAGUGUAUGCGGUUUUUCACGACCGAAGAGGCGUUAAGGAAUCAUCAGUCGACCGCCCAUCCUGCGAACUUCGACGAAGGUCCACCACCGGAAGAUCUUCUACCCAACGGAAAAACCGCGCGAUUCAGUUGUAACUACUGUAAUCUGCGGUUUCAUUUCAAAAAGGACAUGCUGGUGCACGAACGAGUGCAUACCGGCGAGAAACCGUACGAGUGUGGUUACUGUAUGAAGUCGUUCGCUCAGAGUCAGGCGUUGACUGCACACAUUAGAACGCAUACGAGGGAGACGCCGUACCAAUGUCGGAAGUGUACGAAGAGUUUUAGGGAUAAUUCCUGUCUUCGAAAACACGAGCUCUCCGCUCACACCGACACUCCCAUCGUCCGUGCGAUACCACCGGAAUACACUGAGGAAAUCGAGAAACAAAUCGAUUUGCAACGCGUCAAAAAGCACCAACAAAUGAUGGUGGAUCGACAUCCGAAUUUUCGAAUGUAG